AGGCAGCGUCUAUGCUCGACGAACCAAUUGGCAUGGAAGACCUAGCCGCAGCAUUAAAAAGCAUGAAAACGGGAAGAGCACCGGGACCGGACGGGUUCUCUUCGGGAUACUACAAACACUUUGCAACAAUAUUGUUACCGUGGCUGACAAAGGCGAUCAACAAAGUGGCAGAGGGAGGACACUUUGGAGUGGAAUCCCUGACAGCAACUAUAACU